AUAACUGUAUUACAUAAGUCUACAUAUAGUUGUUAAGUACAUUAUAUGUUAAAAGGCACCCAUACAGUGUAUGGUAUACUACACAAUGGUAUUGGGAAAUUAAAAAAUUAAACUAAGAAUGUGCUUAAAUGUUUCUGCUUUGUUUAGAAUCCCUCGCCGGAAGCUGGACGUCCGCACUCCGUGGAACUUGACCACUGUAGGAAAAACGGAGCAGAAGAGCGAAACAUGGCGACUUCGAACAAUCCGCGGAAAUUCAGCGAGAAAAUCGCUUUACAUAAUCAGAAGCAGGCAGAGGAGACAGCGGCAUUUGAUGAAGUGAUGAAGGACCUCAGCAUUACCCGGGCAGCCAGGCUACAGCUGCAGGACACAAAGUAUUUGCAGAUGGGAUCGAGCCGUGGGCAGUACUAUGGAGGGUCUUUGCCAAAUGUGAAUCAGGUUGGAAACGGCUCUGCUGAUGUGCCUUUUCAGAAUUCAGGGCUUGACACUAAUAGAUCAACACGACACCACGGAUUGGUGGACAGAGUGUACCGUGACCGGAAUCGCAUCACAUCACCCAACCGAAAACCUCUCUCCAUAGACAAACAUGGACGCCAGAUUGACAGCUGUCCAUAUGGCUCAGUUUAUCUGUCACCGCCACCUGAUACCAGUUGGAGAAGGACAAAUUCUGACUCAGCACUCCAUCAGAGCACACUGACUCCUGCACAGCAAGCCUCCUUCAGUGGAGGCUCCCAAGAACUUCAGCCAAAACGAGUUCUCUUACUCACUGUUCCAGGGUCUGGAGUCAUUAAACAAGAGGUUGAGGAAGAUGCACAAGAGCAGAACUGGGACUGUAAAAUGAAUGUGUCACAGUCUGAGCGGUGUCAAGUUCCUGGGAUCCACAUAUUCUCGACUCCGGACAAUCAGCUGACCACGUCACUGAAACCAGCGGCCCACAACAGCGGCGGUUCUCUGCCUGACUUGACCAACAUCCAGUUUCCCCCUCCACUGCCUACCCCACUGGACUCAGAUGAUCCAGCUGCCUCCUCAUUUGGCCCUCCCAGCAGUACACAGACUCUGGGAACCACACAAGGAGUGAACACCUCUCAGUCCACAGUAACCAUGGAAAUGCAGUCUGACCAGAACAACAUGGUUCCUGUCAUCCUAAAUCCAGGAGACUCACACCAGCAGCAGAACAUGCAGCUCUCCCAAACAUCUCCACAACUCCCUCUUUCCCAGGCGGUCAUCAGUGCUAUGAGUCUUGAGCAACAGUUGUCCCAGUAUUCUUUCAUCAACCAGCAGUCAAUGGCCCAGACACACCACAACCAGGAACAGACGGGUCUAGUCCAGCUGCCGACCUCUGGGAACUCCUGCUCUACGUCAGACAACCAGACAUCAGCACAAACUAACAUGACCAUCGACAUGAACACGGCCGCCUCCCUGCAGCAGUACCGCCACAGGGUUGGAUCCUCUGCCAAUCAGUCUCCAACCUCUCCCGUCUCCAAUCAAGGCUUCUCACCCGGAGGCUCACCUCAACACAAUUCCAUACUGGGCAGUGUGUUUGCAGACUUCUAUGACCAGCAGCUGCCAUCCAUUCAGGCCAGUGCUCUCUCACAACAGUUGGAGCAAUUCAACAUGAUGGAGAACCACAUCAGUUCUGACAGUAUGUACAGCCAGACUUCUACCCUCAACUAUUCCCAGGCUUUUAUGAUGGGUUUGGCUGGACACUGCAACCUUCAAGAUUCACAGCAUCUGGGCUACAGCAGUCAUGGCAACAUCCCCAACAUCAUUCUGACAGUGAGUGGAGAGUCUCCUCCAAGCCUUCCCAAGGAUCUGACUAGCUCGCUUUCCACAGACAUCUGCUUCGAUGUGGACUCCCAAUUCCCCCUGGAUGAUUUAAAAAUUGAUCCUCUGACUCUGGAUGGCCUGCACAUGCUGAAUGACCCAGACAUGAUCCUCGCUGACCCUGCCACAGAGGACGCAUUUCGUCUCGAUCGACUCUAAUUCUAGCUCUCCAUGCUUAUUUUGCAUGGAAAAACAUAGCUAAAUGGGCCGUUCAGUGAUUCCACCUGAGCAGAAUAAGCAGUUUCUCUCAAUCAAACCCCAUGACAGUGAGUAAAAAAAUGUGGGAAAUUCAAUGGAUAUGUUUCUAAAGAGUCCUGCUAGCUUCCAUAGUACACGCCGGGAUAAAAUAUGGAAUGAAUCCGGUAGAAGGCUUGGUCUCUACAUUCAUCGUUUAGAUCUGUUUUAGAUACCUGGUUAACUGUUUGAGGAAGCUAGAUGACAGCAGAGACAGCCUGGUGUCUCAGUCUGCCUCAGAGAGUAACUACAGUAAUAUAUCUCCAGAGAAAACCCUACUGACAAAUUCCAGUGCAGCUCCCUGUUCACAGAGUAUUUUGAUGAUUCAGAGAAAACACAGAAAAGGUUUACUCCUCUCAGUCUGGCUAUGGUUUUGUGCUUUUAUCUCAAUGGUUUGUAUUAUAUGCCCCAAGAGGCGCUGAGUCAUUACUUUAUUUUUAGGAUAUUUCUGAAUAUAGAUUUUAUCAAAAGGAAUAGGAUUCAUCAGUUAUGCAUGAAAUCAUAAAUCACUGUGGAUACUUGUUUUGCCUUAAAAGCUUGAUGUUUUGGUUUUCAUGCAAAAAGAAAAAAAAAGGAUCCAAGUUAAGAAGUCAUUUAAACCAAGUUUAAAGUUGCUUGGCCUGCAUAAUUUACUGUUGUGUUGUCACUACUGCCUCAUAAGUCAAAACCUAAAUGGGGAUCCGUUCAGUCUUUGUGAUGAAAAUAAUGUUUACAGGCUUGUUUUGAUUUAAUUGUACCGAAUGUGGUUAGAUUUUGCGUAAUGAUAUCUAUGCAAAACUACGGCGAUUAGUUGGACUGUAGAAUGAAAGACAGGUCAAUCCGUUAUGUGAAACUGAAGGCAAUGUAGUGGAUUCCUCUGGAAUGCACAGUGAUGUUUUUCAGAAAAAAAACAUUUUUCUUUCAUUUUAAGGUUUUAUACAGAAAAAAAAAAUUAAACACAACAGUCACUUGGAGACUCAUGGAUUUCUCCUAAAGAUGGGGACCUCAGUAGGGGAAACCUAGUUUUCCAGUCAGCUGAACUGCCUUUAGAACAGCACUGUUGAUGCAAUGAGAAUGUACUUAGUUAACAUCCAUGUGGUUGUAUUGCUGUCAUUUUGUUUUUCUCAUUCCCUCCUGUUUCUAUUUUUUUACUACCUCUAGAGCCAAAUACCUUUCUUUCACUUGUUACUUUGAGCAGAUCUGUCAGUCCUUUGUGUUUUAUAUUUGAUUGCUUAUGUUGUUUUUGUCUUAAAUUGAUAUUUUGGUGUUGAGAUUUGUCUUUAUGUUGUCUUGGUGUGCAUUUAAGGGAGUGGGUUCCUUCAUUCACAGCUCUGUUUCAUAUUUGAUGUUUUGCACUUUAUGCUUUCAUUUAAAAAAACACUAAUUAAUGAGAGUUUAUAUAUCGAACGCCCCUUCCCUGUGACUGUUAAGAUGAACUGGACCUGCUUGUCCUGUCUUUGUUCAAACUUGCCUUCUUGUACAGAAAAAAGGAAAUACACAAAAAGCUAAAUUAAAAUUAUUUUUGAAAAAAAAAAAAUUCAGGGUGAUUUAUACAAAGUGUUUUUACUUAACUAGGUGAUAUUUUAGGAUUCUUGUGUUUAAACAUUUUGUUAUCCUUCUGCUACUAUCAGUUGGUCUGGGUAAUUGAAAAUAUUGAAAAAAAAACUAAACUAAUCAAACACCAAUGACGGAAUUAAAUGUAUGUCAUAAAUACAAUUAGGAAUGCACAAUAUUAGUGUGUCAGCUCAAGUUCUGAAAACUGGUUUAAGAGAUGCAACAAUCAAUGUUUUCUGGCUCGUUUCCGAUCUCUGGUUUUGUAAAGCUUUGAGCUGCCAAUGUGAUUUCAACUGUUUCUGUUUUCUCUUCAAAAGCUAUAAUUGUGUACAGCGAGUGCACAGCUGCUUCAAUAUCCUGAUUGGAAAUUAUGCUGCUGGCUAAAAAACAGCUCUUUAUUUCAUACUGUGGAUUGUAAUUAAGUAAACAAAAUAUAAUAAUUUUUUCAUUCCUGUUAAUGACAUUCACAUCUUAUUGCUGAAGAUUUGCUUCAGUAAAACCAGAUGUAAUUUACCUGAAGAUGAGCAGAUGUCUUUUUCGAACCAUAUCGUCUGUUAGAUCAUUUUUUCCUCUAUAUAAGAACAUUUGAUUUGAUAGGUGAACAUAUGCUAAAUAAGCCUGCAUUAGGUUCAGAUUCCAUCAAAACUUAAAAACAAUUUUAACAUUCAUUUCAGGUUUCAUCUGAGAAACAAUCCACACUGAAUAUCUUUUUGUUUCAAGGUAGAAUAUUCUCUAUGUUUUCAAGCUGAAAAAAUAUCAUGUUGUACAGCAUUUCUUGGUGCAUCUCUAGUUCAAAUCUUCAUUUUUGGCAGUAGCCAACACUGGUUUUGGCCAUUUCAAAAUCAUCCAGUAAGUUAAAUUAGGACAUCUACGGUUCGGGUUAAAAAAGUUGAACUGCUGAUCAGAAACUAAGUUAUUCCAAUGAAAUUCAUAGUGUCUAUGCUUUGGUAUAUCCUUUAAGUUCUGCUGUUAUCAGACACACAAAGGUUUAAAAACAUAACAGACAUGUUUCGACUGCAGAACCUUCGUCUUUGUUUAUGAAAACCUUGUGUGUCUGAUAACAGAAGACGUUUUUCUGGAUCUGAGUCUAACUUUAGCGAGCACAACCAAAAGUGUAAGGAUCAUAUGUUUGUACUGGCAUUAGAAAUCAAUCUCAGCAGCAACACAAUAUUGUGCAUUGCUAAAACUGAUUUGUGGUGCAGAAGUGACUACACUGUGCUGAAUGAAAUCAGCUCAGUUCCUAAAGUCAUUUGCAUACUAGAAACAUGCUAGAAAAUCAGUGCAGAUAAAAUCUAUGAAAUUAAGAACAGGCACUUUUCAUGGACACUAUUUUUGCACCACUGUUAGCUACAGAAAAAAUAGUUAUUGUGUAGCUGCAACGAUUCCUACUUUGAUGUGUUUUAAGGACUUUGUGUAUUUUACUUUUACUGUCACACAGUCUAAAUGAGAAAUGUUGGACUUUUAUUUUACUAGUAACUGCAUGAAACUUCAGACAUGAUUUCUCUCUUUGUUGGAGGUUGUUUUCUUCUGACUGUUGGGAGACAUUAAGUUUAGAUAUUUAGAGUUUUUUUGUUUUUGUUUGCUAAAACUGUAUUGUCGUGUUAAACUUGUGUCAUGUGUAUGUAAGUGAAGCCUAAAAAUGUAUGGUGUUGAGCCUUUUAUGCACAUGUGGAAGCUGUUGUUUGGUACUGUGUUUUACACUGCAAUAUACAGUUAUGUGCUUAUAUUCUGUGCAACAUCACAGACUUUUUAUUAUGUCCAAGUACCUGUAGAAUAGUUAUGUAUAUUGCUGUACCGUAGGAAUAAUGUUUCUUGUGCUUACUGUGAGAUAAUGUCAAAAUGGGAAAUUGCACUGAGAAAUUCCGCUGGAUCUCUCUUCUGGAUCCCGGGACUCUAAAGUGAGCCUGACAUUUUGUUGGCUCUUUUUCCUUUCACUUCCUUUAGCUAAUGUGUCCUCUGUUCUUGUCACUUCUUUGUACGUCGGCGUUCGGGUAUCCAUUGGUAAAGCACCAGGGUUUACAAAGACAAUGGUUUACAACAGAGUUUGUGUUUGCCAAACCCUUCAUCUUAGUUUCAACCCUGCUUCUGAACUGCACUGUAGAUUAAAGGGUCAUUGAACAGUGAAUCAGUUCAGUCAAGACUGGGAAAAUAAAUGUAUUAAUCAAAAAAAUGCAGUCAGUUCUGUAAGGUUAGUGAAUAUACAUUUAUUUUACACCUCAUCCUCGUGCAUUUCAUGUCCUGAAAGCACUGUUGUUAGGUUGAAAUGUUCAUUUCUAAAAGAUUUCUAAUACAUUUGCACCUAAAUAAAUUUGAAUAUCAUCAA